GGAGAGGAGGAGGAGGAGGAAAAAAAGCCGUAUAGGAGCAGCAGGAGGAGGAAAAAGAGGAAGAGGAGGAGGAGGUAGGAAGCACAACAGUGGGCGCCCCGCAACCAUGGACGACGGUCCGCCGUCCCGCGCCCCCUGAGCCCACCCGAACGGACCAGUGAUGUCGUGAUCGGGGUGGGCUUCUCUUUCUGCACCGCGCGCCGGGGAUCUGACAUCAGAGAGAGAAAGAGGGGGAGAGAGCGAUAGAGAGAGAGAGAGCGAGCCGCGAGCCGCCAAGGAGGGCUUGAACAUGUCGGCCUCGGUGGGGCCCCGCGGCGGCCCUCGCCCACCCACAGCGCCCCCCACCAUGCCCGAUCUGCCGGACCUCAGCCACCUCACCGAGGAGGAGAGGCAGAUCAUCAUGGCUGUGAUGGUUCGGCAGAAGGAGGAGGAGGCGAAGGAGCAGGCCAUGCUGAGAGAGGAGAAGCCCAUACAAGCCAAAACAGUGAACCUGGUUGGGAACAAGAAACCCCCACAGCAGAAUGACAUCAGUAUGCACCAGCAAGUUGCCAGCUAUAAGGAGCAGGUGCGGAGGAUAGCCCAGGAGCCUCAGCAGAGGCAGCAGGGCCAGCAUAAGGAUGAUGCACCCACCUGUGGCAUCUGCCACAAGACCAAGUUCGCUGACGGCUGUGGGAACCUCUGCUCCUACUGCCAGACCAAGUUCUGUGCUCGCUGUGGAGGAAGGGUCUCUCUGCGCUCCAACAAUAAGGAGGACAAAAGGGUAAUGUGGGUAUGUAACCAGUGCCGUAAGCAGCAGGACAUCCUCACUAAAUCAGGGGAAUGGUUUCCGGGACAGGGGCCAAAGCCGAAGCCAGCAGGGCUGGGAACGGCAGUGAGUGACCCAGCCAUGUGCGGAGACCCCUCAGGAGAGAAGAAGGUGCGCCCCAAGUCUCAGAUCCACCUCGAACAUUCUGCUUCUACUGCCCAUGACAGCCAGCUGCCUGCCUCCAUUCACCCCAGCAAAGGCCCUGUUGCUGGACAGGCCGACACGAAUUCAUCUCGUUCCCGCAGUGAACCUCCACGAGACAGGAAAAAGCAGUCGUCAACCUCAGAUCAGAACGGCAAGGCCGGACCAAGGGGAGAGAGGCGUCGUGGGCUUUCCAAAAUCCACUCCCAGGGUUCAGAGGAACGGGACACAGGGAACAGUCGCAGGGAGAGCCGGCGGCUAAUCAAGACUCGAUCACAGGACCGAAGCGAUGCUGAGUUAGCAAGGAGUGGUGUAGGGGAACCCAGAAGGACAGAGGGCGAACACAGGCCACCUCAAGAGGAGUUCCGAGGUGAGCCUGGCUCAACACGGCACCCGGCCAAGCCUCAGCCCCAGCCGGGGGAACAAGAGGGCCAUCCACACCCGAAAGUACCCCGGGUCAGACAGCCUGAGGGGGGCAUGGGUGAAAAGGAGGCUGGGGAGGUGGGGAAAGAGGGUAAGUUAGUUCGUAGGUGGUCAGAUGAGAGGCAGGCAUCUCUGGAUGGCCAACAGCAAGGUUUUAUUGGGGAGAGGACCGUGGGGGGCACUGGGGGGCAAGGCGGACCUGCCAUGCAACCUCUUCCUUCUAAAACGAACCACACCCCACAACCCCAGCCGCCAGCCCCAGGGUUCCGGGUGGGCCCCGCCGCUCCCGCCGGCGCCCCUGAGCUCAGGGAACCUCCAGAAUGGGGCAGGAAGCUGCAGCCGAGCCAUCUGGAGCCUGGCUCGGCUGCCAUGCUGCGCAAGGCAAAGAGGGAAAAGGCUGAGAGUAUGCUGCGCAAUGACUCGCUCAGCUCUGACCAGUCCGAGUCCCUCCGGCCACCUCCGCCCCGUCCUUACAAGUCCAAGCGUGGUAGCAACAAGCGGCAAAUGUCGGUCAGCAGUUCAGAGGAGGAGGGUGGCUCCACACCUGAAUACACCAGCUGUGAGGAUGUGGAGAUUGAGAGCGUCAGUGAGAGAGGGGACUGGGAGUGCUAUCCUUUGGACCCCACAGUUUGGCAUCAUCCGGUUACAUGGCAACCCUCCAAGGAAGGUGAUCAUUUAAUCGGCCGAAUUACUCUGAGCAAGCGCACGGCCAUGCCCAAAGAGGCUGGAGCACUGCUGGGGCUAAAGGUGGUCGGGGGAAAGAUCACAGAAACAGGGAGACUCGGGGCCUUUAUCACCAAAGUUAAAAAGGGAAGUCUGGCGGACGUGGUGGGACACUUACGGGCAGGAGAUGAGGUGCUACAGUGGAAUGGUAAAUCAUUACCAGGAUUAACUAAGAAGGAAGUUUACAAUAUCAUUUUGGAUUCCCAGAUGGAACCCCAAGUCGAAUUAGUUGUUUCUAGGCCCAUUGGGGUGUAUAAAUCUUGCCAUGAUAUACCGAGAAUACCAGAAACAUCACACCCUCCAUUAGAAUCUACAGGUUCAAGCUCCUUCGAGUCUCAGAAAAUGGAGCGGCCAUCUAUAUCUGUCCUGUCCCCUUCCAGCCCCAGUGGUUUGAGAGAUGCGCCACAGCUCCUGCCUGGACAGCUCUCGGUAAAAAUGUGGUAUGAUAAGGUGGGCCAUCAGUUGAUAGUCAACGUACUGCAGGCCAAAGAGCUGCCCCCCAGACUGGAUGGAAGACCCAGAAAUCCUUACGUCAAAAUGUACUUCCUGCCUGAUAGAAGUGAUAAAAGCAAGCGUAGAACGAAAACGGUCAAGAAGAGUUUAGAGCCCAAGUGGAACCAGACCUUUGUGUACUCCCAUGUGCACCGGCGGGAUUUCAGAGAGCACAUGCUGGAGAUUACAGUGUGGGACCAGCCCAAAAUACAAGAUGAGGAGAGUGACUUUCUGGGAGAGAUCCUGAUUGAGCUGGAGACUGCUCUGCUGGAUGAUAAGCCUCACUGGUACAAGAUGCAGACUCACGACCUCUCUUCCAUCCCGCUGCCCCACCCCUCGCCAUACCUGCCCCGUAGACACCCCCACACAGACACGCCCACCAAGAAGCUGCAGCGCUCUCAGCAUAUCACAGAAACAGAUUAUGAUGAUGGUAUUGGCGUAGUGGCUGCAGCUGCAGAAAAUCGACCAAGGGAAAGAGAGAGGGAGAGAGAGAGGGAUAGGGAUAGGGAGAGGGAAAGGGAGAGAGAGAGGGAUCGGACCACGUUAGAGGUUCCUGAGCAGCAGAGGUCAACGCAUCACCGCUCUCGCUCCGUAUCCCCUCAUAGAGAUGAGGAGAGCAGGGCCAGGUCACGGCCUGCUAACAUUCCCAUGCAAAGGAGUUUAGAUGAGGCUCAGCAUACCCGUCGCUCUCGUUCCCCCACCCGUUAUCAUGACCGUGGCCGUGUACAAGAGAGAGAGUAUGUGGAUGAAAGUGAGGUCAUCUUGAUACACAGAUCAAUGCGGGGUAGGAGCGCAGAGUGCCUGCACACCAAAAGAAGGUGCUCUAGGUACAAUAGCACACUUCCACCUAAGAUGCCUCUCUUAGUCAAUGGCAUUCAUAAAGACAUCUAUAGUUCCACCCUUCCUGCAUGUCUUAAGACUCAGCCCCGGCUGUCAGUGGUCUCUGCCACUCGCCAAACUGUGGCACAGCGUGUGCUCAGGUUCACUGAUGACAGCACCAUUAGUGAUCUGCAGCCCCCUCUUGACAGGGUUAGAAGUGCUAGUACCAACUGUCUGAGACCAGGUUCAAAUUCCAAUUCAUCAGAACGAGAAAGGAUCACCCAGUCUCCCCCCUGCACCCGACCCACCAGCCCCAGGAUUCUAAUCCAACACGCCUCCCCUGAAGACGACAGCUGGAUUUCGGAGCCCAUUUUUCCUACUCAGGAGACAGUGAACCACCUCAGUGCAAGGCCAGUGGUACAGAGGCAGUCAAGAUCUCUGGACAAGCCUAGCUGUCAGAAACCUGGGAGGAAAAUAUCUGACAGUGAGCGAAUACAGCCUACCUCUGUUCUAAGGGGCUCCAGAGGAAAGGGGGUAUCCCUGCCUCCACUGGGUAAGGUGACCCGAGGGGGUUCUAGCCCAGGCAUACCUCAACUGGACAGGGGCCAUCCGCAUUCCAGCGCUGCAUACUCUUCAUCAACAGGGGCUCAGUCAGCAGCACGUAGGGGGCGACAGUUGCCCCAGGUCCCUGCCAAAAGCAGCAGUGUAGAACAAGCCCUUGCCUCAGAGGAGCGGACACGGCAGAUGAAGGUACAUUCCUACAGGACACCAGCUCCCUCCAGUACCAGCCAGGACCUGGAGAGGGCACUCAAGAACAAACGAGAGCUUUAUAAAGAGCAGCGGCGGAGCUGUGAUAAUGUAUCCCAUAAGUCCUCAGACAGUGAUGUCAGUGAUGUGUCAGCCAUCUCUCGCGCCAGCAGUGCCUCACGGAUCAGUAGCACCAGCUACAUGUCCAUCCAAUCAGAGCGGCCCAGGGGUCACUUCAGCCGUCAUAUUCACCCGUCCAGCCGGAGCAUGUUGAAAAGCACGAGCGUGAGUGGUGAGAUUUAUCUGGAGCGCACGGACGGCAGCCAGUCGGACACAGCUCUGGGAACUCUGGGGGCAGGGGGGAAGAAACGGCGCUCCAGUCUCAGUGCUCGCGUGGUGGCUAUCGUGGGCAUUCCGUCCAGACGUAGUAGGAGCACCUCUCAGCUCAGCCAAACAGAAGCAGCAAAUAAGAAAACUAAAGGCUCGAGUCAGAUCCAGAGGAGUCAAGAGACGGGGAUGGCAGUGGAGUAUCCCCGCAACGCAAUGGCUCGACAGGCCAGCCGGGAGUCCACUGAUGGCAGUAUGAACAGCUACAGCUCUGAGGGGAAUCUUAUCUUCUCAGGGAUGAGGCUGGGGGCUGACAACCAGUUCAGUGACUUCCUUGAUGGCCUUGGCCCUGCUCAGUUAGUGGGAAGGCAGACCCUAGCAACGCCCUCUAUGGGAGAUGUUCAAAUCGGUUUAAUAAAUAAGAAGGGGCAGCUUGAGGUGGAGGUGAUCAGGGCACGUGGCCUUACCCCCAAACCAGGAUCCAAAUCGCUGCCAGCUCCCUACGUCAAGGUUUAUUUGCUGGAUAACGGUCAAUGUAAAGCCAAAAAGAAAACCAAGAUUGCACGAAAAACGCUCGACCCGUUGUAUCAGCAAACGCUGCUGUUUGAGGAGAGUCCGCAGGGUAAAGUUCUACAGGUAAUAGUAUGGGGCGAUUAUGGCCGCAUGGACCACAAAUGCUUCAUGGGAGUUGCACAGAUUCUUUUAGAGGAGCUGGACCUUUCUAGCACAGUGAUUGGCUGGUACAAACUGUUUCCCCCAUCCUCAUUGGUAGACCCAACGUUAGCUCCUCUCACGCGACGUGCUUCCCAGUCAUCACUCGAUUCAGGUCCGCCAGGCGUCAGGUCCUAGUGAACGGAAGAGGAACAGGGACGAGUCAAACCCUUACCUAAUGGACCAAGGACCCGAGGCAACAAUCAGCGCCAGAGGGGCAGACGGAGAGCCAGCCAGACGGAUGGAUAGAUGGACGGACAGUUUUGCGUUCAAAGCUUUGCCGGAGCCUGACAAUCACUUCUCCUCUCUUUUCAUUUUCGGUCUUUGGAUUGUAGAGAUUUUCCUUUGAUCCACUCCGCUCCUUACUGCAUGUUCUGUUUGUUUUCAACCAUGUUGCUGAGUUGAUGAGUUAGCCCAAAUUUACGAAAAAUAAGAAACGGGAUUGACAAGCACCUGAAAGCAAUCUCCUUAGGCUGUCGGAAAGAGGAGCCGGCCGCGCUGGUAGCCUGAGCGGUUCUUGCCAAUCAGUAACAUUUAGAAGUUGCUUUGUAACCAUAUAAGGAGUGUGUGAGUGUGCAUGAGGCAGCGGUGUGAUGGUGGAUCAGUGAGAGUGAGGACAGCACUGCCCCUCCCCCUAAACCCGCACGUACAGGAAAAGCGCUCUGCCGGGGGAGGGCCGAGGUCAAGAGCCAAAGGGCAAGGGUUAGUCUUCUCAAAGUCUUCCCUCCUCCUCCUCACGGACGCAGAGUCCAGGGCCACUCCCUGUGCCAGUGUGGCACCGACUCAGAUGGAGUAGAUAUGUGAGAGAGGGGAGGCCAGCCUGAAAACCUUUGUCUGUUUACAGCGGUCACCACUGACCGCUCUGCCUUUUUUUACUUUCUCGUUGAUUUGAUACAUUGCACACCUUGUAGAAUGUGAAGACAUGUUUCACGUUUUCUGACAUUUUGUUGUAGAAGCUUCAAGGAAGACUAAAAAAAAAAGAGAAGAAAACAUGCAUUAGAACACUGGGAUGAUUAUGAUUUAGCUUAACUUCAGCCUGGCCAGGAGAUUAUUAUUAUCGAAAUGGUUGACAUCAUCAAUUCCAAUAAUAUAACACACUAAUAUAUUUGACUUCUUGGGACGCUGACCAUUAAAUGUACCUUGAGCUUCAGCCAGUACAUUGAGAACGGGUCACUACGGACGAGCCCAGUGCACUUAGGCAAUAGCCAAUCCCACUUUAUUUCAUUUAGUAGAUUUAGAACAUUUUUGGGGACCUGCAGAUAAUUAAAUUUCUAUUCAACUAGAGUUUACAUUAUUUUAAUGCAAGCACAAAUGCUUGGUUUUUCUCAACAAACUUUAGACGAAAAAAAAAAGGCCAAACUAUUCUUAGCGUUCUAUUUUUGCCUUUUACUUUUAGUUGUGGUUUCAUUUACGAAGAAACGUACAGUAUAAAUAAAUAUAUAAAUAAAUAUAUGAUAUAUCUGAAUCAAGUCCUUCAAAUUCCGCUUGAGCAUCUGAACGAAUACGGCAGAAGGUGAGAGAGGUGGUUCAGGAGAUGGCCUGAGGUGGUGACCUCCCAAAACUCGCCACCUUCUCCCCCCUAACACGGGCAACAGCAUGACUCUGGAACCGUUCCAAGCUGCAUGCACGUUUUGUAAAACAAAGACAGACGAGAAAAAAGAGACUAAAAUUAACGUGUGUUAGUUCCACAUACUGUAGGCCAGCUUGUAUGUUGCAUGUACUUGUACAGUUUGCUCGUACUUGAUAUUAAUAGAUUAACCAAUAAAACGAAGCCAUUCAUUCCAUGUGUGGGCAUUUGGCCAAGGUCAGCCAUGCGCACAGGCCUCGGUUUUGGGGCUGAAUGUCUAUGAGAAGUUUUUUUUUAAUUGUUUUCUUUUUUUUCUACCCUGAGGAUAAAACAAGUGCUGUACUGUAGUACUGAGCAAACACGAGGCCCCUGUUUUUACUAAAGCUGUUGGUGUUCACUGUAGUCUACUACUGUGGGGCUAUAAUCGAGCUAGAUAAUGUGUAUAAAACCAGAGUUAUCUAUAUAUGGAAAAUGAUUAAGAUUAUAUGAAAAUGAAAACAACAUAUAUAUAUAUAUAUAUAUAUAUAUAUAUAAAUAUAU